UGCCGCACAACUCCAACUCCCUUGCGUCUUUGUUUCCGCUUUCAAUUAGCUCUUCGAAGCACUCUGCACCAUCUCUCUGACGUGACCAUCCAGCUUCAAGUCGUCACUCGUUGAGCCAAACUUGCAGUCUUUCACUUCAUGAUGCACAGUCGCUGGCCACUCCUGCUGGCACUGACUAGCAUAUCUCGUGCGCAGAACAGUACAGUACUGGGCGCUCAGGCAACGCCAACGCCUUUUUCAUUGUCUGCAGAAGCCUCAGGAGAUACAGUUCAGGUACAAGGGUACGGGCAGCCGGCAGGCACAUGCAAGACCACUAGCACAGUGUAUGAAUAUGGAAAGCCGCCUACGUCAACCAUACACGUCACUGUCACGUCGCCGAAGACCUGUCCGAAUCCAAAUCCUAGCACAUCGAUCAAGACCGUCACAACUACCGUUACCCCUUCCGGAGGCUAUGUUUCUCUCCCCCCACCAAUCACCGUCACCGUCACCAAGUCCGGUGGGUAUGGCCAGCCUCCAGUGACUGUGACUGAGACCAAAAACGUCACAAUAACAAAGACCGAGAAGGAGACCAUCACGAAACCAGGUAGCAACAUCACCGAGACUAUCACUACUACCGAGAAAUACACAGAACCUGGUUCCAAUAUCACUGAGACCGCCACAUAUACUGUAUCCGGUCCAACAAUCACAGUCAAUAAAACUUUGACAGAGCUUACAACGGAGACCUUGACGUCAACAUAUGUCUCGCUAGUACCAACCACUGAAAUCAGUUACACCCCGACGACCGAAAUUCUGACAUCGACCGAUUUCAACACUAUAACUCAAACCUUCUUAUCCACUAUCAUCAGUGUUUCCACGUCUGUGUAUACUUCGGUCACAACUUUCUCUACGACCUUUUACGACACAAUCACAGUCACUCUUUCUGGCUCAACUGUUAUCAGCACUACAACAGUAGUCUCAGAAACGACGUCAACACUCACUUUCACCGACUUCAUCUCCGUGAUACAAACCGUGCCAGGUCCAACCGUAUCAAUCCCAGGUCCUACAGAGACUACUACGGUCAUUAUCGUCUCUGAACAAACGGUUGAAAUCCCUGGACCUACCGUUGAGGUUCCGGGUCCAACUGUCGAAGUCCCAGGCCCUACUAUCGAAGUACCAGGUCCGACUAUCGAAGUACCAGGGCCUACUGUCGAGGUUCCAGGACCUACCAUUGAAUUGCCAGGACCUACUGUUGAAUUGCCAGGACCCACCGUUGAGAUACCCGGACCCACUGUUGAGAUUCCAGGGCCCACAGUAGCAAUCACAGUGUCUGGACCGCUACAAGAGAUCACAGUCCCCGGUCCAACCCAGACCGUUGAGAUAGUAGAGACUGUCGUGGAGACAUUGACCCAAGUUUCGACUCAGCUCAGCACUUUGACUCUGCCACCCCAGGUUGUAGUUACUACAACAACGCUUCCAGGAGUCACGUCGACAAUAACAACCCAACUUCCAGCGAGUACUGUUGUAUCUACGAUUCUCUCAACACUGACUCUUCCACCAACGACCGUGACCUCUGUUUCUGUAUCCCCGCCAACAGUCAUUACAGAGACGUUCACACAGCCAGGCCAGAUCACUACGUCUACUCUUACGCUUCCCGGCAGUCUUACCACUGUCACCACACAACUUCCUGGAACCACUCAGCUCUCCACCAUCACUCUGCCUGGAGAAAUCCCAGCUGUGACAUCUACGGUCGUCAGUGAGCUUCCUGGAAGUGUUACUACAAGCACCGUGCUCUCGACUAUUACUUUGCCGGCGUCUACCAUCUUGACUACCGUGUCUCUUCCUGGCUCAAGCGUUGUUUCGACCUUGACUCUCCCGGCUGAGACUACAGUCUCGACUGUCUUGGUUACACAGUCCAUCGUCACUACUCAAAUCGCACCAACUACCGUUAUUCAGACGGCGACUCCUCUUUCAUCCAAUCACCCCCUUUCAUCCGCUCCUCUUUCGUCCGCUUCCCUGCGGUCUGCUCCCCUGUCGUCUGCUCCCCUGUCAUCCACUCCUCCAGCCUCAAUCACUUGCUCCAGCGGAUGUCAAAUCGAUGUUACAGCCACACGGCUAGGCUACCCAGGAACCGUCAUCGUCUCCACCACGUCGCUACCCUUGGUUACUCUCGACAUCUUUACCGAUGCAAGCGGAGAAGAAGUGAGCUCCACACUCUACACGAAUCCGCCACCGGCUGAAACCCCAAUCACCUGGGAUUUCUCAAGUGUGACAUUGACAUGGCCGACGGUUUACGCUGCAUACGCAACGUUCAGCCGCCUCGAAGUUGAGCCCGUCGGCUCCGAGUGCGUGACCGAGACGUCGACGCUAUCGCUGCCAACUCCCACAGAGUGGCGACCCCUUAUCGUGGUUGAGAGCGAAAUCCCAGAGCCAAGGACAUCAGUACCACCUACUGUGGUCAGCUAUCUGAAUACACUGCCCACGGUCAUUGAGCAGCUCGGCCAGCCCAUAGGCGCCAGUGCAUGCGACCCGAUUGUAGGCAGUACAGCUAACCCCGGUACUUCGACACGGGGCUCGACAACGCAUGUGACCGCAGUCCCGGCCGCAACGGUCGUCACCCGCCGUCUACCAACAGCUGAAGGUGUCGUAACGCCAUCGACAGCUGAAGCUCCGCCAGUGAAAACCACAGCAAAGCCAACUGAGGCUGCUCCUACCAACACACCAGUUCCACCGCCACCUCCGCCACCAACUUCAAGUAGGCUUUCCCCUCCUUCGCCUUCUACCAUCGUUCCAGAGGCAAGCCGUGAGACGCCUCCCGCGCCAUCCAGCGCUCCUCCCGCGCCACCCAGUGCAGCUCCGCCACGAACAAGUAUCGCGCCUCCGUCAAGCAACCCUGCUGACUCCGCGUCUGAAGGCCCCUCGCCGCCACUAUCCGCAGAGCCCUCAACCGCAACCGCAGCUUCUUCUCCGACCGGAGAAGCGCCCCCUUCGUCUCUCGCGCCACCCGCCUCCAUCCCCCUCUCCAGCCGCACAACCACACAAUCAACGACCACAACCAAAAACGGUAUUUCGUCGCCCGUACGACCCUCCAGCUCGUUCUCAGAGUACACCGGCGGCGCGGCGCUGCCAACGGGCCAGCUUGCAGGUUUCUUGAUUGGAGCUGCGGGGCUGGGUCUGGGCUUGUUUUAA